GGACUCCCGAGUCCGCUGACCACCCUCCUCCUGUCUCCGGGCUCUGCGGACAACUUGCGGCGGCCGCUUGCUCCCAGGAGGGGGUGAGGAUGAAGUUGGAAAAACUAAACUUGUUGUAAAGCUCAGCGCCGAAACGCAGCUCGCGGGAGGCUUCCGAGUGUCGGAGAGGGAGAUGUUGGACGAAAAUAACCAUCUUAUUCAGUGUAUAAUGGACUAUCAGAAUAAAGGAAAGACCUCAGAGUGCUCUCAGUAUCAGCAGAUGUUGCACACAAACUUGGUAUACCUUGCUACAAUAGCAGAUUCUAAUCAAAAUAUGCAGUCACUUUUACCAGCACCACCCACACAGAAUAUGCCUAUGGGUCCUGGAGGGAUGAAUCAGAGCGGCCCUCCCCCACCUCCACGCGCUCACAACAUGCCUUCAGAUGGAAUGGUAGGUGGGGGUCCUCCUGCACCACACAUGCAGAACCAGAUGAACGGCCAGAUGCCUGGGCCUAACCAUAUGCCUAUGCAGGGACCUGGACCUAAUCAACUCAAUAUGACAAACAGUUCCAUGAAUAUGCCUUCAAGUAGCCAUGGAUCCAUGGGAGGUUACAACCAUUCCGUGCCAUCAUCACAGAGCAUGCCAGUACAGAAUCAGAUGACAAUGAGUCAGGGGCAACCAAUGGGAAACUAUGGCCCCAGGCCAAAUAUGAAUAUGCAGCCAAACCAAGGUCCAAUGAUGCAUCAGCAGCCUCCUUCUCAGCAAUUCAAUAUGCCACAAGGAGGAGGGCAGCAUUACCAAGGACAGCAGCCACCUAUGGGAAUGAUGGGUCAAGUUAACCAAGGCAAUCAUAUGAUGGGUCAGAGACAGAUUCCUCCUUAUAGACCACCUCAGCAGGGGCCACCACAGCAGUACUCAGGCCAGGAAGACUAUUAUGGAGACCAAUACAGUCAUGGUGGACAAGGUCCUCCAGAAGGCAUGAACCAGCAAUAUUAUCCUGAUGGUCAUAAUGAUUACGGUUAUCAGCAACCGUCGUAUCCUGAACAAGGCUACGAUAGGCCUUAUGAGGAUUCCUCACAACAUUACUACGACGGAGGAAAUUCGCAGUAUGGCCAACAGCAAGAUGCUUACCAAGGACCACCUCCACAACAAGGCUAUCCACCCCAACAACAGCAGUACCCAGGGCAGCAGGGUUAUCCAGGACAGCAACAGGGCUAUGGUCCUUCACAGGGUGGUCCUGGUCCUCAGUAUCCUAACUAUCCACAGGGACAAGGUCAACAAUAUGGGGGUUACAGACCAACACAGCCUGGACCACCACAGCCCCCCCAGCAGAGGCCUUAUGGAUAUGACCAGGGACAGUAUGGAAAUUACCAACAGUGAAACAGUACUUAACAUUCCAAUAGCCAGUAUCUAUUAGCAGCCAUAUUGUCACCUCAGCACUGUGGACACCUCCCUGUGAAAAGAUCCUUUCAUUCCAUCUAGUUUUUGGAAAAACCUUGUGGAUAAGUGGCUGUUUCAUCAAUAAGCAGCCUUUGUGGUUUAGUUGUAAAAGGCUUUAGUAGCUCAAAAAUACUCUUGAUUUCACAUUUCUACUCUAGAUGGCAACAUUGGACAGAAAAUGCAAUGACAUAACCAGUUUGCAAUGAUUUUGGAACUGUGUUUCAAAUGGACUGUUACAGACUGAAAGGUGUGAACAGCUUUGUAUGUUUAUGAAGGUUAAGGGAAUUUAAUACUUUUCCACAGAUUCUUUUGUAAGGGGAAGAGGGAAAUGUACACUUUUUACAGCAGCAAUAUUUUGUAUAUUAUGUUUAUUUCAUGUGAUGAAUAUGCAAGGCGGUACACUGUGCACUGGACAGAAUCAGAAAUCCUCUGUUAAUGUGGACUGGAGCAUAGUAGAUGCUUGAUUGUUUGGGUCUCAAAAUGGUGUCCUAUAAAGAUAAAGGUGAGAGAGGAGGCAAAGCACACCAUAUGUCCACUGUUAGAUUCUCCUAGAGGAAAUUCAAAUCCCUUUUAUCUCUUAGAUAAUGAAAGGCACUGUGAUACAGUUUUGGGUAAAAAGACAUUUUUUAAAAGCCUUCCAGUUUUGUGGAUUAAAACCUUUUUAUAAAGACCAUUUAUAUUACUGUUUUAAAAUGUGAGGCAAUAAGAAUUACUUUAUGUUUGAUUUGAAGUAUCUUUGGUAAUAGCUUCAUGUAAAUGAAGUGGUAAUCCUCUCUUAAGAUAGCAAUAACUGAAAAUGAAAGUGUUAAUUUUACCUUGUUUGAGUAAUCAGGGAACUUAGAAAAUAAUAUCAAAACAUUUUAUAAAUGAUAUCAAAGGAGAGUCAGCAUUGACCCAGGAACUUUAUUUUUUAACAUUCGAAGGAUAAUUGGUUUAUAUGAUAAAAUAUUAUUUCAACUUUCUUAACUGGAAAUAAUGCCAUUUAUAAAGGAACAUUUUAUGUUUUCCCCUUUUUUACGUUGGUUAAUAUAAUACAAAGAGAUGUUCAGGAAAAUGCUUAUUGAUGAGGUUUAUUCUGAUUUGUAUUAAAAGCAUAGAGGUUGCAUUAUAGAUCACCUUGUUAUAAGCAUGGCAUAGUUAAUCAUUAUUUGAGACUGUCCUGUGCCUGAUUAUUUUAGCUCAAUUCAGGGAUGUUACAUUGGGCAGGAAAGCAUGCAUUGAGAAAUUUCUAGCCACAGUUAUUUAAGCAUAAUCUGAAAACAUCUAGCCCAAAGGUAAGUUGCUAUUUUCAUCACAGUUGCCCGUGCCCAGGGAAUAAGAUGUAUUCUUUAUAAUUGAAUUGGUUUUUCCCACUUCUAACUGGAAACAAAAUGAAGGGGGAGGGCAUAAGUUUGAAUAAGCAGAACAUACUGUUCUCAAUAUACUGUAAUCAAAAGGAGGCAUUUCAGCGUGUCUGUGUGUAUGAGAGAGUGAAUGUGUGUCUGUGUAUGUGUGUUUUAAGGUCAGAAUUGGUUUUCUUUCAUCUUGGUCAGUGGAUAAUGGACAUCAAGUUUGAACAGAUAAAGCAUAAACAGCCUUAUUGUGAUUGAAAUGCUUAUAGAUUCUGUGCCAAUUUUCCACCACUGUGUACUUUGUUGCUAUUUAAAACUGUAUCAACUCUAACGGAAGAAUAAAUUAUUUGUGAUUUUAA